AUGUCCCAUCGUUUCUACAAGGAGCCCGAGUUCGAGACCCUCCAGCUGCACGCGGGCCAGGAGCCGGACCGCGCAACGAACGCCCGCGCGCCUCCCAUUUACGCGAGCACCUCCUUUGUCUUCAACGACUCUCAGCACGGCGCGGAUCUCUUCGGACUGCGGGCGUUGGGCAACAUCUACUCGCGGAUUGGCAACCCGACGGUCGAUGUGUUCGAGAAGCGCAUUGCGGCCCUGGAAGGGGGUGCCGCUGCUGUCGCUGCGUCUAGCGGACAGUCUGCUCAAUUCAUGGCGAUCGCUGCGAUCGCUAAGGCAGGGGACAACAUCGUGUCAACAUCGUAUCUAUAUGGUGGAACGUACAACCAGUUCAAGAUCUUCCUCAAGCGGUUCGAUAUAGGAGUCAAGUUCGUGACCAGUCCUGAGCCCAAUGCGUUUGCCGCGGUCAUCGAUGAUAAGACAAAGGCCAUCUUCGUCGAGAGCAUCGGAAACCCCAAGUACAACGUGUCCCCGCUUCCUGAGCUCGCAAAGAUCGCACAUGACCAUGGCAUUCCCCUCAUAGUGGACAACACAUUCGGAAUGGGCGGCUAUUUGAUCCGUCCCAUUGAUCACGGCGCAGAUAUUGUUGUCCACAGUGCUACGAAGUGGAUCGGUGGGCACGGCACCACCAUUGCCGGAGUCAUUGUUGACAGCGGGAAGUUCGAUUGGGUGCGCUCUGGGAGGUUCCCCGACUUCACCGAGCCCUCCGAGGGGUAUCACGGUCUGAAGUUCAGCGAGACGUUCGGCCCCCUCGCGUUCGCGGUGAAGGUCCGCGUCGAAGUCCUUCGGGAUCUCGGAUCGGCGCUCAACCCCUUCGGCGCGUUUCUGCUACUGCAAGGGCUCGAGACCCUCAGCCUCCGCGCUCAGCGCCACUCCGACAAUGGCCUGGCCCUUGCGAGGUGGCUCGAGCAACAUCCGAAGGUGUCCUGGGUGUCAUACCUCGGUUUAGAAUCGCACCCAUACCACAAGGCGGCGCUCCAGCUCCUCCGUCCAAACGCGUUUGGGGGAAUGCUCAGCUUCGGGAUCAAGGGCGGCGACGCGGCGGCGGGCCGGGAAGUUGUCGACCGCUUACGUCUCGCCAGCAACCUCGCCAACGUCGGUGAUGCGAAGACGCUUGUCAUUCACCCCGCAACGACCACCCACCAGCAGCUUACGGACGAGGAGCAGCUCGCGUCGGGCGUUACCCCGGACCUCAUCCGCGUCUCUGUGGGCAUCGAGAACGUGUCCGACAUCAUCGCCGACUUCGAGCACGCCUUCCAGUCCGUCCCAUGA